CCUCGACCUGUAAUCAUGCCUGCAGACGCACCCCCCGUGAAAGCGGCCAAGAAGGGCUCCAAGAAAGCCGUCGCUAAGACCGCCAGCAAGACCGGCAAGAAGAGGAGAAAGUCCAGGAAGGAGAGCUACGCCAUCUACGUGUACAAAGUGAUGAAGCAGGUGCACCCCGACACCGGUAUCUCCUCCAAGGCCAUGGGCAUCAUGAACUGUUUCGUGAGCGAUAUCUUUGAGCGCAUCGCCGGGGAGGCCUCCCGUCUGGCUCACUACAACAAGCGCCGCACCAUCACCUCCAGGGAGAUCCAGACCGCCGUCCGCCUGCUGCUCCCCGGAGAGCUGGCCAAGCACGCCGUGUCUGAGGGCACCAAGGCCGUGACCAAGUACACUAGCUCCAAGUAAACCCGACACACCGCAAACAACGGCUUUUUUUAAGAGCCACCAAACCCAUCCAAAGAGCUUAUCCUGUUAUAUUUAGCGAUAGUAAAUGGACACAUUUAUAUUACAUGUCGUGCCUCUGCCACCACAAAUUCAAGAACUCGAGCAACAAUUCAAAUUGUGUUUAUUGCUGACAUUUAAAGCAUUCACUCUGAAUUAUUGAUACAGGUAAUACAAAGUGAUUGUGUUUAAGAAGAGAACACUUCACCGUUUAGUAAUGUCAAAAACACAAAAUGCUUUGCAUGUUUGAAAUAAAUAAUACAAAUAAACUCAUACAUAAAGGGUUCUAAUUU